AUGAAGUUCUACUUUGAAGCAGAAAAAUUUUUGGGACCAUACAAGGGAGAGAAUGGAGGAAGUUUACAAUCGAGAAUUUUCAAUGACAAGAAAUUGACCAGCUCUCCUAAGCAUAUAUUUGCUGUGGUACACUCAACUCUCAAGUACAAGGAAUACAUAGAGUAUGUCAUUCGAAAGUCGAAAAUCAAGCAAUCAAUAAAGGUGAGCAAUAACUUACUUUUGUUAUUGGUGCAUGACUUACUUUUCUCGCCAAGAGGCAGAAUUGAACUGGGCAAGCAUCCUAUAAAGGAUUCCUUUUUAAAGCACAAGACCAGGCUAAAUGCCGAAUUUACUAAGCUUAAACUAAAGUAUAAGGCAAAGAAUACCGAAGACUUACCUACUAAAGAAUCUGAUGAAGACGAAACCCCUGUGAGAUGGUUUCGUGUUAACACACUUAAAAUGCCCCCAGAAGACUUUUUAAAAAGCCCUCUUUAUCUCAGCUUGAAACCGAUAGAGAGAAUAAGUGAACUUAAAAGUACUGGUUACAUUUAUAAAGAUCAGCAUAUUCCAAACCUUUUCGGAGUUCAUCUGAAGGAGAAGAUAACAGCUAGUCAAGAAUAUAUAAAGGGCCAAAUCAUAAUUCAAGAUCGAGGCUCCUGUUUUCCUGCUCACAUAUUGAAUAGCGACCCUAAUUAUGUUCAUUCCGUAGUGAUAGACGCAUGUGCGGCGCCAGGAAAUAAGACCACCCACGUUGCUUCUUACUUACCGUUGAAGGAUGAUUCUGUUGUGUAUGCAUUUGAAAGAGAUGCGAGGCGGUUUGAUGUUCUAAAAAGCAUGUCUUUAAAAGCUACUGGUAAGAGCAAAAAAUCUUUGAUUCAGGCAAUCCACUCAGACUUCACCACUAGUCGGCCAUCAGACUUUGCGGCUGUUACUGGGCUCAUCGUCGAUCCCUCUUGCAGUGGAUCAGGAAUUUUUGGCCGUGCGCUUGAAGAUGCACAACAGGAGGAAGCAAAGCAUGAGUUGGAUACAGAAAGGCUAAAUAGAUUAGCUCGAUUCCAGUUUAAGAUAAUGAAGCACGCGUUACUGUUUCCUUCAGCUAGAAGAGUAGUCUAUUCCACUUGUUCGGUACAUCUUCAUGAGAACGAGAGAGUUGUAGUGGAUUUGUUAAUGGACCCGGAUGUGAAAAGUCAGGGCUGGAGUCUCGGAGAUAGGUCUUCAGUAUUGCCUUUAUGGCCCCGUAGAGGGUGGCCAGAAGAGUUCACUGCAGUCAAUGAUAAUCGAGGCCCGGAGGAAUUAGCAGGUGGGUGUGUACGAGCAAUGCCCAAAGAGGAUGGGGGAAUUGGAUUCUUUGCAGCUUGCUUCAUCAGAGAUCAUGUAGAUGAAGGUCUCAAAAGCCGUGAAGAAUCUUCUGAGUCUGCGUACAAUGAAUCUGAAGAAUGGACAGGUUUUGAGUAG